CUAUCCUCUUAAGUCAAUCGUCUCUUUCUCCUGCAGACUUGUUCUUCCCAGGUGCGUCCAAGCAAUCGAUCAUGUCCUUCCAGCCUGCAGUCAGCCACCCCAGCAUCUACAUAGACACCAAUGGGCAGCCCUCCUCUUUGCCUGACGUGGAAGGUUCCGCUGUGCCCCGGCUCGCGGUCCAGAGUCCGGACCCUUCUGUGAUCUGCGAAUACAGCCGAGGCGAGGGGCAGAGCAGUUCAGCUGAAUCGGGGCCGGAGCUGCGGACUCCAGAGAUGUCAGCCAUGUCCCCGCCUCUGAGAAAUGAGUCCCUCGUCUCCUACGCCUCCAUGUCGGAGGAAGAAGAGCGGGAAGGCCAGGAGGGGGACGGGUGCCCCAGCGCAGCGAUGGGCCUUCAGCCUGGCCCGGAGCCCCAGCUGUCGGCAGAGGAAAGCGCGAAGGCAUCCCGGCAGGCCAUGCUCAUCCGCCGGUGCAAUUCCCAGGGCUCCAUGAGCUCCCUCCCCGAGGACACGCUCAAUCACGUGGACGCUCACGCAGACUGGGCCCACGAAGGGGUCUCCGACAUCCCCUCCUUGGGCAGGGUGCUGGACGCCUCCCAGCCGGAAGAGGAGGAGGGCAGCCAGGGCCCUGAGGUGGGCUCCUUGCCCAGGGUACUGAUGGGGCCCACGUGGGAGAAGCAGCAGCAGGAGGAGGAGCGGCAGCAGCAGGCGCGCUCCCCGCUGCAUGGCGCGCUCACCGAGGAGUCCCUGCCCUCCUCUGCCUCGCCUCAGGAGGACCAGCCCCCCGCCCCGGUGCCGCCGCCGCGGGGCCUGGGCUGCUCUUGGCUGCGGGAGGGCAGGAGGGAGAGCUGGAGGACUAACAUCCACCGCCUGCUGGACCUGGAGGAGCAGUGGGACCAGCUGUACCACCAGGAGCUGGCCAUGUGGCAGGAGGAGCGGGCCACCCAGCGCGAGGAGCGGGCGCGGGACAGGGAGCUGCAGUUCCGCCUGCUGGGCGUCCUGACGGACAUCCGGGACGAGCUGCGCUACCUGCGGCAGGAGCGGGCCAGCGCGCGCCAGAGCCAGGCCCCGCCCGCUGAGGCGGGGCCCGAGGCCAGCGGGCUCUUAGACCAGCCGCCCAAAGCGGAAGUCAGCUUCCCAGGGCCGACCCUGGGCGGCGCCGGCUGGGGAGAGAGCGCCAUGGCCAGCAGGAACCCGUAUGGCAGCCGGGGGCGGGGGCGGCGCCGGGGCCGGCCUCGUGGUUCCGCCUCCAAACACAGACGCCUCUUCCUGACCAAUAGCUAGGAGUGGCUGGGGGCUGUCAAUUCCAGUGACGGACAUGGGGUGUGUGGACAGCCCUCCUGGAGCCUGGGGACGAGUGCACGGGGUGGGCACGCAGCGUGCGCCUGGACAUGGAAGGGCAGGGGUGAGUGUGCGGGGGGAUGUGUGUGACGGAGGCGUGUGUGAGGGGGGAGAGAGAGAGAGAGAGAGAGAGAAGCAUUUGGGAAUAUGCCUGGUGUGCAAAUGCAUCGGUGCAUUUGUGUGAGCUGGGGAAUCGAGCGUGCCUGUGUAAGUUUGACAGGUGUGGGUGCAGUUUGAGCAUCUGUGUACCAGCACCUGUCCGGGGGGGGGGGGCAUGUGAGGAGAAGUGUGUGAGCCUGUGGUGUGCAUGUCCAUGAGAAUGGGGUGUGAAUGCAUGGGCUGCAGGCGUGACUGCAGUUGUGUGUGUGGGGGGGGGAAUGCACGUGCUUGUGAAUUUGCAGCGACAGAUGGGUAAGCAAUGUACGGGUGUGAGCAUGUGGCAUGUGUAUGGGAGGCUCUGCAGGACUAGUGUGCAGUGGGGAGUGUGUAAGGCCGCAGUGGUGCUUGUCUGAGUGCAAGCAGGGAGCAUAUACUGCAUCGUGCGUGUGCACACCUGAGUCCAGGGUGUCUGAAUGAGGCAGCCGUGUGGCAGGGGGAUUAGUCUAGGAAUGGAAGGGUGAGUGUGAGUAGCCCUGGGAGGCUGUGAUUGGUUGGCAGGGGGCGUAGGAGGGGGGUGUCCAUGGCACGAGCGUGAGCAUGAGUGUUAGUGCGGUCCACGUACACAGGAUGUGUGUGCACACAGCUGGAUGUCCAUGCCCAUGUGGGAGUGCCAGCUGUGGCAAGGGAUGAGUGCAGGGCAUGCAGGGAGGGCAUGUAGCAGGCACGCUGUGUGGGUGUGAGUGACUGGCUGUGAUUGCACCCCGAGAGAUGCGGGCACAGGAGUGUGUGACUGCCCGGCAGGGGCACAGGGACAAUCAGGCAGCGGCGCACUUGUACGAGCAGGAGCGGCUAGGGGUGGAGGCUGAGUGCACGGGUGAGCGCAAGGGGAGUGAGUCCGAGCAGUGGUGGGAGGGGGUGUGUCUGUCGUGCGUUUAGGAGAGAUGCUUGCAUUGUGGAGGGGGUGUGCAUGGAGCCAGAGGGGGGGAUGCUGUUUAAGGCAAGGCCUUGGGGGGUGGCUGAGUGAAAGUGCUGCACUCCCGCAUCUGGGAGGUGCGUGUACGUGUGACCCGGGGCAUGUGCCCGCCGGCAGGGGGUAGAUGUGCAAGUGCGCUAGGCUGAGUAGGGUUGCUACUUUCUGGGGGGGAGGGGAAUUAGGAAUAGUCGCUGUCCUGCGAGAACAUUUUAUGCAAAUCAUUUAAUGACCUAAUUUGCAUAUAACCAUAAACUUCUGUUAAAAAAAAAAAAAAACCCAAACCCAAGCCUGUGUGUGGACU